CUCCUCACGUCGCUGUUUUCUUUGAUAUAUGGCUAUUUGUCAGGCCGCUCGUGGCAGAGACCGAUGUCAAUCUCCGCGACGCCACUGGAAGCACUGUCUUGCACAUUGCUGCUGGACAGGGCUACCCACAUACCGUGAAGGACCUACUGGAACAAGGCGCCCGGAUGGACCUUGCUGAUUCCAGCGGCGCGUACCCUCUUCACAGGGCGGUGCGGCGAGGAAACUAUGAGACACUUGAGCAAUUACUCGCACACAUCACAGAUCCGAAACUCGUCGAUAUCCCGGACAAGUACAAAUUCACGCCCAUGCAUGUGGCUUGCCAGCUGGGAUGGACCAAAUGCGUCGUCAUCCUACUGAAGCGUGGUGCCAGCCUGUCUAAUGAGAGUGGAGCGAUCGAGACACCGGUAGGCCUCGCCAUCGAGAACGGUCAUAUAGGCGUAAUGGUCAAGUUCCUGUGUGAGGCCGGCGUGGACACGUCAUAUGAAGACCUGCUUGGUCAGACGGCGCUUCAUAAAGCAUGCAUAUUUGGCCAUCUAGAUCUUGUUGAGUAUCUGUUAGAUACAUGUGCAGUGCUUGUGGACGCUAGGGACAAGUCUGAGCGAACACCGCUCUAUUUCGCGGCCGAGAAGGGCCAUCUCGACGUUGUGGAUAGUCUUCUCCGGCAUGGAGCAAAUAAAAAUAGCUUGGAUAGGCGCCGCGAGACAGCCCUCUUCAAGCCAGCUGGUAAUGGGCACGUCAAGGUGGUAGAGCGCUUGUUGGAGUCUGGUAUUGAUGCCACUAUUCCGGAUCUCUGGAAAAGAACGCCACUCAGAUUCGCCGCGAUGAAAGGCCACCGUGAGAUUGUCCGUCUACUGCUCGAAAAGACACAGAUACAGCAGGACCUACCGGAUUGGGUCGGCCGGACUGUUCUCCAUAACGCGGCUGCCGCGGCAGAGGCUGGGCAUCAUCAGCUUGUUCAGCUGCUGCUGCAGAACAACGCCAGCCCCGACCUGGCCUGCCUCCGGGGAGGCUUCACGCCGCUCCAUCUCGCCGCCAAGGGAGGCCACGAGGCUGCCGUCCGUGUGCUUGCUGCCGUCGCUUUUGUCAACGCAACGGACGACUUGGGCCGCACGCCCCUGCAUGUGGCUUGUCUGGAUGGCCACAAUGGGGUUGUGAACGCGCUU